UUACCUACCUGCCGGUUGAGAGCUCAGUCGGUGUCCGCCAGGUUGAAAAUCCGUGUCUUCUCCUCAUUUUUCUACGUAACUUUUUACACUUCUGCUAAAACCGGCAGGAAGAAGAUCGGAGAUAAAGAUAUGAAAUAUAACGAAACAUAUACUGUUGAUAAAUAAUUUUUAUUCAGUGUUAGUUGAAACGUUCACCGAUGAAAUUGAUAACGAACAAGUUUUUUUUAACUUGCAGAGAAAAUUUGCAGGAAAAACGUUAAACUACCUUCUUGUCUGUACAGUUACGAUUAUUAGUGUAUGAGAGUGUGUGCUUUGAUAGAUGGGCGAUCCCACGCUUGUCAUAAACAACGUGUUUGUGUUUACAUAUGGUGACCUGUGUUGACUGUGUAAUAACCAACAACCAAGCAUUGUGAUUUUGGAUUGCAGUAAAUUCCUCGACGGCUGAUUAUUGUUAUCGACAUCAUCGUAGGCAUGUUUGAGUUCGACAGCAGUAGAUAGUAACAUUAGCUGACAUACUGGCGUAUAAUAUAUAACGCACGCAUGAGCAUACGCUAGUAUAUAACAAUAUGGCAAGGACAACGAUUGCGUGGCUUUGCUGCUUGCUCUGCAUGUUUUUGUGUCCUCGUAAUGUCGCUUCGAAAGCUGGCUUGUGCGAAGUAGAGUCAGGUCAAUCCAAUAUUAUUCUUGACAUAGAGGAGAGCAGAGAAGACGCGAUCGAUCAGAAGACCGUGCCGGAGGAACUUCCAGUAUCUGGCGAUCCGUACAACGAGACUACGCUGGAACUGAUCUUUCCUGGAAGACAGCCUCGUUUUAAACUGAAUGGCAAGAAACUGCAGCUGUUGGAGCCUCUGGAUAGGGACGAUGAAAAUCUCUCGCAUGUUGUUUUUCAGUUAAGCUGCACGGUAAAGCAAACAAAUAAGAAACGAACUAUACCGGUGAUUGUGCGAGUCUCGGAUAUUAAUGAUAAUACGCCGAAGUUCGUCAAUACGCCGUACGAAACUACGGUGCCAGAGUUAACACCAGUUGGCUCGACCAUUUUCAAAAAUGUGGUGGCUAUGGAUGCGGACGCCGGUGUAAACGGCAUCGUGGAAUACUCGAUCGCUCCUGGUGAUGGAACUGGCAUUGGCAACAAUGAUGGAGUUGGUCGAAACAGAAUCACGACGGCUGAUGGAUACGGUUAUUUCAGCAUUAACUUACCUCACCAAGGUCAAGUCACUGUUAACCGUACCUUGGACUUCGAAAGAACGCAACGAUAUCUCGUCACUAUUUUUGCAUCGGAUCGAGCAAGGAAUGUUUCCGAAAGAUUCACAUCUACAACCACUUUGACGGUGAAUAUUAGAGACGACGAUGAUCAAGAUCCUUCCUUCAUUUACCAAGGUUGCAUGCUUUUGGAUGGCGCAUGUAUCAAUCCAGAAUAUUCAGCGUCCGUUUCGAGCGGAGUGUUAUCCGGGAUACUUAAUAUAUCGCCGGAGAAAAUACAAGCCGUUGAUAUGGACAGCAUAAACGCACCUAUUCAUUAUUCGUUCCUCAGUGGCAAUCCAUCGAAUUAUCGGGAAUUUUUCGAAAUAAACCCCAACACUGGCGCCGUGAAGCAAAUUAAGGCGGUCGACACAACUGUUACCAAGAAGUUCGAUAUUAUCAUCAAAGCCGUUGAAGUGUCAGAAGCGAAACGAUCGGCCACAGCCAAAUUGACCAUCACUGUAAAGCCAGUCGACAGCAAUCCUCCGAUUAUAGCAACAUCGAGCGUAGAGGGUUUCGUCGAUGAAAAUGCCCCGAUUGGAACAAAGGUUAUUGACAAAAACGGCAAUCCUGUGGUACUCACUGUUUCGGACGCUGAUUUGGGCCCUGAAGAUCCAAAACCAGCCUACACAUUUGAAUUGACUACCAAUUUCUUCGCGAUCGAUUCUUCCGGAAUAUUGGUCGUAAACGAAGAAAAUCUGGAUCGUGAUCCUCCGAGUCCCGGACGUUUCCGAUUUCAAGUGGUCGCCAGAGAAAAAACGGGCAUCGCUGCUUCCGCGCCGUUGUCCUUCGUGGUGAUACUGAACGACGUUAACGAUAAUGCACCGAUGCUUCCCAUGAUAACUCCCAUUACCGUUCAAGCUGGAGAAACAAAGAAAGUAGUGACAAAGGUCGAGGCAACGGACAACGACGAAGGAGAAAAUGCUGAAAUAACAUAUAGCAUUUAUCACGUGUCGAAUAACGGGCUGCACAAAUUUAAAAUCGACCCGAAGACCGGCGUAAUCGAGUCCGUGAGGAAGCUGAACGCGGGCGAACAAUUCAGCAUUACUGUCCAAGCAACUGACAAAGGUGGAAAAUAUUCGCAGACGAUCGUCGAGGUGAACGUGAUUCCUGGACCCAAUACUAGGAGCCCGGUCUUCCAACAACCGGUAUACGAAGUGCAAGUCAGCGAGGGAGCAUCAAUUAAUUCGACGGUUGCAACGAUUACCGCAGUUGACCCAGAAAACGAUCCAGUAUCGUACUCGAUCGUCUCGGGAAACGACCUGCGUCAAUUUGCGAUCGGUGACAAAUCAGGCGUGAUCACCGUUAUAAGAAAGUUGGACAGAGAAGAUCUGACUCGUUAUCAGCUAUUAAUAAAGGCCGAGGAUUCCGGAGGUUUGUUCAACACGGCCACGGUAAACAUCAAAGUAACAGACAUAAACGACAAAAACCCAGAAUUCGUCAACUUACCUUACGAGUUCACCGUAAAAGAAGGAGAAGCCAGGAAGUUGAUCGGUCGAGUACACGCUGAAGACGCCGAUGAAGGCGUCAACGCGGAAAUCACAUAUUUUGCGCCUGACGAUAUACCUUUCACCGUGGAUCCCGAAACUGGAGAUGUGUUGACGAAAAUCGUUUUGGACUACGAGCAAAAUGAUGAAUAUAAAUUUGUGGUAACCGCAAGAGAUGGUGCUCCUGAUUACCGUUUAGCCACUGCUACGGUGACGGUGAAAGUCAUAGAUAUCGAAGACGAGGUUCCUAUUUUCCAUCAAAGUAGCUAUGAGGCUCGAAUUAAAGAGAAUGUACCAGAUUACACGGUGCUUCAAGUGACAGCUGAUGAUCCGGAUACAAAGAAACAAAUCACAUAUAUAAUCAAACAAGGAGAUACUGAAAUGUUCCGCAUAGACCCAAAGACUGGGAUAAUAAAAACCAUUCGCGGUUUGGACUAUGAAAAGGAGAAUCAGUAUAUUCUCAUAAUUGGCACCGUUGAAAACACUAGCAAUUUGCUUGGUUCUACUACGAAAGUUGUGAUUAACGUUCAGGACGUUAACGACAUUCCACCAGUAUUUACAUCAGUUCCUCGUCCGAUUACGUUUGAUGAUGAGAUUUCCAUUGGCUCAACGAUCAUUAAUCUUAGAGCAACAGACUCUGAUGGCACUGCUCCCGGAAAUCAAGUGAGAUAUGAAAUUAUCGGCCGUGGACUAGCGAACAAAUACUUUAUGAUUGAUCCAGACACUGGCGUACUUAGAAUACGAGAUGAUUUGCGUAAAGAAACGGAUACCGAGUUUCAGGUUGAUGUGCGCGCGUAUGACAUGGGAGAACCGCAAUUAUCGUCUGUCACAACAGUACCAAUUUAUGUUCGUCACAUGAUGACCACAAUGCUGUCAGAGAUCGGUUUAGGUUUUGCAGAAAGUUCCUACAAUGUCGAAGUACCGGAAGAUGCUGGCGACAAUACGCUAAUCAAAAUAAUCACGGUUAUUAAUAGUCACGCGCACGAUACCACGCCGUUAAAAUGCGAGAUUUAUAGCGGUAAUAAGAACGAAUUGUUUGAAGCGAAUAUUACGGAGGAACGGAAUUGCGCGCUUAGACUCGAGAAAGGAGCAUUGGAUUACGAAACAACGGAAUCGUAUCAAGUGCAGCUUAAAUUGGAAUCUUUAUCAGGUCUGUUAAAUUCCGGCAGAAAUACGACGAUGGUGAAAAUCCAAGUGCUCGACAUAAACGACAAUAAACCCGAAUUCAUUUUUCCGGAUAGUAGUCCAAAAUUAUCAAGAGGACGUUAUUUCGCCGCGAUCCCGCGAUCAGCGCAAUUUGCGUCGACGGUUAUACAAGUGAAAGCACACGAUAAGGAUAACGGAAAGUAUGGGAAGCUCGAGUAUAAAAUACUUGGCGGACGAGGAUCGAACUAUUUUGCCUUGGACAGUUUUUCUGGAAUAAUCAGAACCACCGCGACGUUCGAUAACGUGGAUUUAACCGAACUUCCAUUUAAGUUCGACGUUCGAGUUCGAGACAAUCCUAAUUCGACUGACAAUUUUAACUCAAUCGUAGCUCCGGUUAUAGUGAAUUUAAUCGGAGAGGAGAAUCUAAUGAUUUUGGUAGUACAGGACGCGCCACCGGACGUUUUACAAAAGGAGGCAUCCAAGAUUGGCGAUAUCAUCGAAGAAAAAAGCGGUCUUCUGAUCGGUAUCGAUAGAGUAGCUGUGAGGAAGAAUUUGACAAAGAAUGGAACUAUCGAAAUGUAUCCUCAAGAUUCCGAUGUGUGGUUCUACGCGAUUGAUCCAGACACAGAAUCUAUUUUAGAUAGAAAUAAUUCCCGUAUACAAAGAUCGAUAGUCGAAAAGAUGGCUAUGUCAAACAUUACCUUCGACGUGUCCACGUUGGUUCGAGCGAAUGCGAUAGACAUUCACGCGCCAGUAAUGCCGUCCGAGCCAGUACGCACGCAAACCGCUAUCGCUUUUAGUGGCGAAGUAUUUCCGUACGCCUUGAUAAUCAUCGCGUGUGUCAUACUAAUCCUAGGUAUAGCUGGAAUUAUCUAUAUUUGCAUCUCCUGGUCGAGGUACAAGGCUUACAAAGAACGGAUGCAACGAAUGUACGUCGUGCCUCGUUACGAUCCCGUCUACGUAGAACCAAAUUUGAAAGAAUACGAAACACAAGUGCUUCAAAUGAGCGUGCCUGUCGACGACAAUGACAGUUAUAAUGAUCUUCAGCUCGAUUUCAGCAACAAGAAUCAUGCGUUCAGUCUGGACAAUGUUAGCUAUAUUACCAAAGAUCACGGAGAAAGUACUGGACAACAAAGCCCCGUAAGUUCUGAAGCAGCGACCACGGCACGUGCUUCCAGCAUUGUUGGAACUCAUGCAGAUACGAACAUUCACUCGUUACGACGAUCGACCCUUGGCAGAAAGAACCAUAACAACAGCAAUGCAAACACGUUGAACAAUCACGAUCCGACGCCCGUAUUGAAUCCAUUAUACAACCACGGUAACGAUUUACUCAGCCCUAGUCCGUCGAACGACAACGUCACGUUUAGAGAAAAAAGGGAUUAUUCUCAUCUAGGAUUCACGUACUUGGGUGAACAGAGCCCGGUAGAAACUACCACGGAGUUAUAAAGAAUGUUGCGCGUGAAACUAAAAAAAUAAAUUAAUAAACGUAAGUUCGACUUUCGUUGGAUUUCUUUCUCCGUAAUAUGUGUCGCGUGAUAAUGAGGAUUCUUCUGUGCCUGGGCAUGACUGAAAUUUUUUUCAUAAUAUCGAAUUGUCAGCCGUGAAAGACAAAUUAUAUUCGUUGUUACCAAAAGUGGAAUGCUCGUAGAUUGUCUUGCUCGCGCAAGACACUGUGCAACAACUGAAUAGAACCGAAAGCAAAUGUCAAUGCAUUUCGAAACAAGCACAAGAAUUUAUUCUGCGUGACGAACUCUCAAUCGAAUUUCUGCGAUGAAUAGAACGGCGAAGCCAGGUCGGGAAUACUUAUUAUCAACGACGAGCGAAAACUGACGAACUUUUCUCUGCGAAAAGCUUUCAACGUUACCCAUCGCGCAUCGUGAGUAAUUGCGAUUUUGCGAAAUCCGUGUCGAUAUAGCGCGACGCGACAUGUCCAAAACUAUUAUUUUAUUUCGACCAUCGGCACUAUCUAGCGUGUUGCAUCACAAUUGCCAUCGAUUUUGCAGCACAACGCGACUUUAAUGUGAUUUAUGCCUUUCGUUUCGAUGCAAAUGUUCGAAAAUUCUGCAUUGUUCGAUCGUGAUAUCGUCGAACGUGAUCGUAAUUGAAAAGCAUUGUUAAGGAAUCAAGGUAUCGCUCAAAUUUCUAAUGUCUUCAAAGGUCUAAUGUAUAAUAUUCUCAGGGGUAGCGAUAGUGAAAAUUUCGCGCCCUAACGUUCAAGUUAUAUAAAAUGUUUGUCUGUUGCGAAUUUGUAAAGGCAACGAAGUAUGCACUUUGAACAGCAAAAUAAAUUUGUCACUGAAAUAAUAUUAAAUUCGCAUUUAUAGAUAUUAGUAAAAGUUCUCGGAAAUUUUUGCGCGUGGACACGAACGAAUGCAUAGAUUGCUAUCAUCGUUAUCGUUAUAAAUUUUAUUUGGCGUUGAUGUGAAAGAUUAUUUACAUCGAAUCUAUGCUGUGCAAUAAUUCAUUGUCUUCUGCGAUAGUAUUGACCAGUAGAUUUCAUUCUUCGCGCAGUACGUUUAAUGAAUUCUCAUUUAGUACUCAUAAAAUAAUACAAAUUUUUAUUCAACAAAUCUGAUGAAAAUGCAUAACAGUUAUGAGUCAUCGUACCGUUCAAUAUAGUAAUAAGGAUUAAUUAUAAAGCAAUAAAAUUGCUGAAAGACGUAUGUGAACGAGUGAUGAAACGUGUAUAUGUGAUCGGUCCGUGAACUUAAAUAUAUAUAUAUAUAUAUAUACGUAUGUGAGAGAGACUCGCGUAAAACUAUUGUAUGAUAAGAUCUUUUUAUUUAUAACUGCGUGUUUGCUUAUAUUAUUUUAUUAUUUUUAACGAUACUCGACCAAUGGUAGAUGUCGUUGCUACGUACUGUCACAGAACUACUAUCAUUGGUAUGAAAUUGUUCUUCGAUUAUUCAUACAUUAUUUAACUUUCGAUUAUUUAACAAAGCGAAUCACGAUCAUUCGUUGAGUACCAAAUUAAAAAGAAGAGCAGUUUCGUACAUCAAUUUUUU